AUGAGUUUAGAACGUAUCCGCAACAGACCGAAAGAGAUGUUUGGCCAGAAGCAGCUACGUCAUCGUCAGCACCAACAGCAGUCUUCAUCACCUGCUGUCUUGCGGCCUCUCCUGCCACCUCCAGCAGCCCUGAGCAUGGCCCAUCAGAAACAGCCACGGCCCAAGAUUUGGUUACCAAACAGACCUGUUACAGCUGGUCCUGCACCGUGUCUCCCCAUGAUCAACUACCACUCCACCGCUCCAGGUAAUCUGCUCAAUCCCAACCCAGUGAUGCAGAGAGCACUGUUAAGGCAACACGUACUAGUAUUGUCCUUGCUACUGCACAUCUACCAGGACACCUCCAUACAAUUUCAUGGAAGACAGGGAGAGAAUGAACAAGCAGGCAGUGGAGGUGCAGACUGGCAGAUGAAUAAGACCCUAGAGGGAAAUUCUGGGAAAGUGGAGGAGAGAAUAGUAUCGUUGAAUGGACAGAGUGUGACCUCAUUUCCACAGCAGCAGGGGGAGCCACCAUUGAAAAAGCAGAAAAUGAACGGGUCAGAGGAGUCCGUAGAGGAUUCCAGGAAAGAACAUUCUGGUCAGAAUUCCAAUGAUUCACAUUCACUGGAGACCUCAGGGUCUAGAGAGGACGGAGGAAGCCUGCUUACAGAUGAGACUGUCGAAUCUUUGGAACCAAUCAGAGCUGCAGAGGUCCUGGGCGUGGGAACCUCUCUGAAGGUGACCAUCCAGCAGAGCAGCGAGAGCCGAGCGUUCAGCACAGGACCGGAAGGAUCCGCCGGGCCCUCGGGCCCAGACGGCGAGAAAGAGAAAAGCAAGGAACAUUCUGGAACGUUCCACUGCUACACCUGUAAGGUCACCUGCCUCAGCCAACAGGACUUCCAGUGUCACAUGAGUGGUGUGGAGCACCAGCAGCGUAUGACGGAGAUCCAGCAUAUGAGUAAUGCCUGUUUGAGCACUCUCUUACCAUACAUGCAGGAGACGCUACAGGGCACACACAGACAUGGGGAGAGGAGGGAGGGAGUACAGCGCUGGUGUGCGGUUUGUCAGAAUCACUUCUCGGGUGACCUCAUCGAGCAUCGGCGGACAAAAGAGCACAAGAUGUCAAAGCAUUCCUCACGGCCUUUCUGCACCGUCUGCGAGCGACAUUUUAGGACGCCACGCAAAUUUGUGGAGCAUAUGAAGUCUCCAGAACACAAGCAAAGAGUCGAGGAGCUGAGAGAGGAAGGAGAGCCAGAGAUCCUGGAGGAACUAAUCACGGUCGACGCUGUCGGAUGUUUCGAGGGAGAGGACGGUUACGAGGAAGAGCACAACGAGGAAGAGGAGGAAGGCCCGGCAGCUGACAACUGCGCUCAGAAGGAAAUGACUGCAGACGUGCCGCAGGAUUACGAUUAUGACUCAGACACGCAGCUCAGCGCCAGUUUUGUGGUUCCUGUUGCUGGCUUUCUCUGUCAGCUCUGCCAUAAGUUCUUCCAUUUUGAGUCCACUGCUAGGGAGUCACACUGCAAGUCUCUCAUGCACAUCCAGAACCUACAGAGGUAUAAAGCCAUGAAGAUCCAAGGCAGUACCACUCAGGAGGAUGCAGAGAAGAAAAAAAAAUGUAGUAACACCAUGGAAGAACUUGGAGAACCUGGGACCAAGGCAGUCUGUUCCGAAGGGCUGGAACACGAACCAGACAGGGAUAAAAUCAGCCAAUCAGAUCCCAAAUCCGAAAAACAGACAUCUAGCAACCGCUUGUCCCCAGACUCUGCCGUGGUCAUCAAACGGCACACCUGUGUAGAGUCUAAUGCAGAGGUUGGUUCUACAUCCAACCAAGUGUCUCUCAGUCACCUUGAAAAACGAGGCUACAUAGAGAUAACGUUAUAA